CAUUGAACAUCACAUUGCAGCCGACUUCACAACCAAAUUUCAAGCAAUUGUUUUCUCCUUUGCAGUUUUUACUCGUGUUGCUCUUCGCAGUUAUAUGAUGCUAUUUUCGUGCAUAUGAUACACACUUCUUCCACUCUAAUCUCGAAUAUACUUUUUGCGACGCGCCGGUAGACUCGUAAAGUCCGCUGUGCUCAGAUACCGUUUCCAUCCCAUCAACCUCCUUUGCCAACUACUUUCGCAUGACAGCUUCUUAAGACAUGGAUACUGACGAGGCUCCCGAUCGUUACUUUACCUAUGAUGGUAGAUUGGCGUCAUUUCAAUCUACAUAUCGACCAUCUGGUACUAAAGGAAAAGCUUCAAAAGCACUCACUUGGCCACACAAACAACUUGACCCAGCCCAAUUUGCCCAAGCCGGAUUCUACUUCGACCCUUCCCCCGAAGCACCCGACAACACUGUCUGUUUCCUUUGCGUAAAGGCGUUCAAGGGAUGGGAAGAGAAUGAUAGCCCGUUAGAGGAGCACCUACGAUUAUCACCACGUUGCGGCUGGGCUAUUGUGGCCGCCAUCGAGGCGGGCCUAGGAGAUUAUGGCUUUGAUGAUCCUAACGAUGUACCAAUGGCUGAAGCGCGAAAAGCUACGUUCGGGGGGCUCUGGCCUCAUGAAGGGAAGAGAGGAUGGAAAUGCAAAACCAAACAGCUUGUGGAAGCCGGUUGGAAAUACACGCCGACUGCAGACUCGGACGAUAUGGCAACUUGCACCUACUGUUCUCUUGCACUUGAUGGUUGGGAACCCAAAGAUAACCCAUUGGAUGAGCAUUAUAGGCGGUCCCCGGACUGCCAUUUCUUUGCAUUAUUGAACCAAUAUAAGAAGGGUCCAGCAAAGAAGAAAGGUAGAGGAAAGGGUGCCAGAGCCUCCCAGUCGUCCAGACUAUCCUCUCAGUCCAUUGCUACGACUGUUGCAUCUGACGCAACAUCGUUACUUGAGCCUUAUGUCGAUCAUGAUGACAGUGUUAUGACUACUACGUCCAUCAUGACCCAAGGUGGCACAAAGCGGGGCAGGGCGAAAAAGACAACUGCCUCUAAGGGAAAGAGAACCCGAGCGAAGAAGGAAGAGGUGGUUGAGGUGCUUGAAGAUUCCCCAGAACCACAAGAGGAGCUGGUAUUCCCAAUGCCGCCACCGAAGGCUACUCGUGGACGCAAGCGAGCUAGUGACCCCCUUGAAGACUCGGAGCUGACAACGGCGGACGUCCCAGCAGCUAAGAAGAGAGCCACGCGCACACGAAAGGCGAGUAUUGCCGAGGCAUCCGUUAUUGAACAAGAACCCGACCAGGAGAUGUCCGACAUAGAUCCAGCUCCUAAGUCAAAAGCGAAAGGAAAGAAGCCCAGAUCGACUAUCACUCGCAAGACUAGAAAAGCCUCUACGGCGUCUACUAUAUCAAAUAUUUCCCUCCAAGGAGAUGCUGCUCACAUGAUGGAUGAUGAAGAGCUUGAUAGACAAUUACAGGCCGAUCUUGACCGACCGUUAUCAGACGAUGAAAAUAUUGCAGCCGAUUCAGAUUCAGACCGAAAGAAAGUCCCACCUAAGCAUAAGAGCAAGAAGGCUGCCGUUCAGAAAAAGGACCCUGCAAGUCAAGGCGAAGUGUCGGGUGAUCAUGCUAUGUUCGACCCUCAGCCCCCUCAUAUUGACGAGGCAGUAGUUGAAGAUGAGCUGAAAGCGCUAGAGGCCGAGAUGGAAAUUGAGCAAGUCGAGGCACCUCCAAUUCCAAAGAAAGGCCGUAAAGUAACUUCCAAGAAGACUUCGAAGCAAACAACAAAGAAAGCUAAAGAGGCCGAGUCCGCUGCGCCAAAUGUCGAGACGGCAACUGUAGAUGAAUUGGCCGAAGGUCAUGACGUGAGUAUUGUUAGCAACUCAACUAUGGUCCGAACUAGCCUUGCGUCGAAUGCGGCUCCUAGGAAACGUGGUCGGCCUAGUAAAAAAGCCUCAAUAGUAACUCCAGACCCGAAUCCUGAUGAACUUGCCGAUGUUGAGGUCAGGGCUCCAUCCGAAGCUAUUGACGUUGGCAGUUCCGCUGAAAAAAUACCUGCGACAAAGACGAAGACUCUCUCCCCCGCAGCAACGUCUUCUCCUUUAGUCAGUAAACCUUUACCUCCGCCUCCAAUGGAGCCGGAUGAGCUCCAGCCUCCUUCAACGCCUAUUGCCUUAACAUCUCCAACCCCGGCCGCAAAUCAGGCGAUUUUAUCACCUUCACAGUCGCCUCAGGCUUCUGAUGCUGAAAACGAGCCCCCAUCUUCGAAGCCCUCAAAUACCACAAGUAGCUCUCGGGUUGUCCUGGCUCCCAUUACUGCUACGCCUGUACGCACCUCCCCGUGUAAACAAAAUGUCCUGGCUGGGUUACAGAGCAAUACUCCCUGGACUACUGUCGACGUUGAUAUGGUUUUCGAGAAUAUAGAUAAAGAGAAUACCUCAGGAUCAGCGAAGUUCUUGAAGAGUGGUGCUGAUCUCACUAGCCCUGAAAAGCGAAUGACUGUCGAGGAGUGGAUUUAUCACAACGCCGAGGAAGCCGAGAAGAAGUUAAAACACGAGUGUGAGACCAUGGUUACAGCCUUUGAGAAAGAAGGAACGAGAGCCAUGCAAGCUCUUGAAGGCCUUAUCGUCGACUAGGCGAGGGACAAUUGGGUUAGGUUUAGGUUGGUCGGCCAGGUAUAAUGACUAUAGUGCGGGUCUGGGUAUGAUAGGAUGGACGUUACGAUAACCAUAUUGGCGUUGGCGGCUUGCUUUCGGAUACAGGAGUUGGAUGCAGCUGAGAUUGAUGCGAUCCAUCCCUGUUUGUCACCAAGUGAGUGAUAUGAAGAGAUACAUGUGAAUAGAGCGAUUGAAUCAGGAGUGUCGUAUUACGGCCAUUAGCUCUAUCAUCAUAUAUACCCGAACGAUACUAUGAUGCAUUGGUUGUGAAUUUUUUGGCUUAUAUGCCGCAUGCAUCCUUGAGACGCUAAUACUAUGUAGAAUUUAGUGGUUGG